AGCCGGUCAAAGCCGGGACAGGUGCCCCUGCGAGCGGGCGCGCGCGCGUUCUCGGGAGCGCGGGAAACGGGGUGCGCGCUAUGGAGAGGCGCUUAGCUGAGUUCCGGGAGGCCCGGAAGCGCGCCGGGCUGGCGGCCGAACCCAGCACUUCGAGGCAGCGUGCACAAACCUCGGGAGAGAAGGCGGAAGCAGCUGCGACUCCAAAGGCAGCCCCAGGCUGGCUAAAACGGUUCCUGGUUUGGAAACUGAGGCCCGCGAGUGCCCAGGCCCAGCCCAACCUCGCUCAGGGAGCGGCUCGGCCUGGGGGCCGCGCGUCACAGCCACCGGGGAAUCCAGCCGAGCGUCCGCCGGCCCCGCCCCCGCAGGACCAGUCUCUCCUGACCAACAUCACCUUCUUGAAGGUGCUCCUCUGGUUGGUCCUGCUGGGACUGUUUGUGCAACUGGAAUUUGGCCUGGCCUAUUUUGUCCUGUCCCUCUUCUACUGGAUGUAUGUGGGGACACGAGGCCCCGAGGAGAAGACGGAGGGGGAGAAGAGCGCGUACUCCGUGUUCAACCCGGGCUGCGAGGCCAUCCAGGGUACCCUGACUGCCGAGCAGCUGGAGCGCGAGUUGCACUUGCGACCCCUGCAGGGGAGAUAGGACCAGCCCUGCUGUCGGCUGGCCUCCCAAGGUCCUUUCAUCCCUGGGGCACCGACUUGUGGGUUUGACUAAGGACAGCUUGCGGGUCAGUUCUGUGACCCCCGCAAUUCCACACUCUUUCCCCGAUCUCCUGCUGCAGUUUUAUAUCAGAAGUUCUUUUUGGUUUUGGUGAAACUCCCAGGAAGACAUUCACUGUGGGUCUGAUGCAAUUUAUAAAAAGAGAGACGCUUAAGAAAGGAGACCUGUUUGUCUCUUUAUUUGAGAGAGGUGAUUUUUAGAGCACUAAGAGGGCAUUGGGGAGAUAACUUUAAAAUACCCAGCUGUUUGAAGUAAUCGUUUGGUACAUCAAGACUGUAUAAAAGUCAUCCCUUGAGCUGAAGUUUCCUGUAGCUCAUAAAGAAGUCUUUUCUUCUGUGACUCCUGUGUGAACUGGACCUGUAGAAACAUUGGAGCAUUGGGUGGAUAAAGACUUGGAUCUCACUCUCAAAAAGCUGGAAAGAAGACAAGGUGCUCGAGCCGCCAGCGCUCCCAGGUCUUCCGAAACUCCAUCUGGACCUUCCGUGGGAGAAGGAGGGAAGAAAGCCAUCAUGCAAACCAACUGCCCACAAUAUGGCCCCAUUAUUACAUUAGCAGGGAAGAGAAAAAAUCCACCGCAUUAUAUUAAGAGACACAAGUCAAGGCCUCCGGGCGCCUAAAUUAAUAUCCCAAUAAAAUUGUUUAUUGUUGUCUCCUAUUUUCUGCUUCUUCUCGGGAAAGAGCCAGGCUUGAUGAUCUAAUUGGUCUCUUCCAUCUCUAAGCUCUGUGACUCGGCUAAGUACCUUUUACAAUCCAUCACAGUAUUAUUUAACGGAAGAGAAGGAGUGACAGAGAGAUGCGGGGAGAUGGAAGAUGGGAGAGAGAAGAAAAGGAAAAGAGAGACUCUGACUUCAGAGCAAGCACUCUGCCGAUUUCAGUUUGGGUGACUGAGAAGAGGGACAGCCCUCCCUGCCCCUCAUGGCGUCCACACCAGACCUUUCUAAACUCCCCGAGGGCUUUUAUCCAGGCCCCAGUGCCUCGUGGGGGAGGAAGAGGAGACGGGGAGAAUGAGGCUGGAACUAGUAGUAGCAGUGAAGAGGGGGCUGUGGACAAGGGCUUCUCAGCCUGGAUUUGCACUGAUCCCAUCCAGGAACUGGUCCCAAGCCACAGUGGGUGCUGCCCAGGUGAGUUCAACCAACCAGAAUCCCUGCUUUGCUGGGCUUAGCGUCCCCAUCAGGAAAAGCCUUCUCAAGAGAGCUGAUGCUUGGGGACCAGGUUGUGGCAGCAGAAGGAUACAAACCAAGUAACGCUGCAGAGCCCAAGUCACUGGAGGGCUUGUGGCAAUGCCGUGGUUCCUUGUGAUGGCCCAUGAUGCUGGUCCCCCAGACAGGCUGCUGGAACCUGCACAGCCAGCCCAGGGCAUCUGGAGUGCCCUACCAGGGGAUGUGCCCAUAUGUUUGCUUUCCAGAGCUUCUCUGAUGCCCCCCCGCCGACCCCCGCCGCCUUGCCACCAGGCGUCCCCACAUCAGGGUAUCUGGGGCCUGGGCUCUCCCUCUCAGGCCCCAGCCACCAGGACGGCCAGCUGUCAGCAGCUGUGGGUAAGAGGCUCACUGCCAACGCCCCAUCAGUCCCUGUGCAAACACCCCGCUUCUCUUCCUGCAGGGCUGCCAUCCAUCUAGCUAAGCCCAGCAGGGUGCCUGCUGUGGCCACAUGCCUUUCCUUAAAAGAACUUUCUCUGAACUGAGUGAAGCUGAGAUGGCCCAGAGCCUGCCUGCCAGGAUGGCCCCAGUAUCCCAGGCAGCGUCGCCAAGCCCAGGCUUGGGUGAGGGAGGGAGGCUGAGUAGACACCACCCAUGGCCCCCCUGCUCCGUGCCAGUUCGAUACCCGGCUGAGCGUGUGACGCGUGUGUUGACAGCUGGGAUGAGGACACCCGAGGCCGGUGGUGGCCUCUGCCUGUGCAGCAGCAGGCAGGCCAGUCUCGUGGCACAGCCCUUCACUGGGGAGGUGGGGAGAGAGACGGUAAACUGAGGCACACCCAUGGGAAGCCACCUCGGGGACUGGAGAGGUCUCACGGAUACCAGCAACAAGUCGGACAGGACCAGGACUGUGUCCCCUUCUGCCUCCCUCUCCCUCAGCACUUUUCCUGCUCCUCUGCUGUGGCCCCCGUAAUGACAAUUGUCAUUAGAAACCAUCAUUCACAGGGCGCUUACAAUAUGCCCAGCGCUCUCCAUACAGUAUUGACUUUCACAGUAACUUGCUCAAAGGUAAGGAAACUGAGGUGCAGAGAUUUAAGUAUUUCUCCCAAUCGCAGCCAGGACCUGAACCUAGAUCUGGGCUGACUCCAAAGCCGGUGUCCUAACCCUUGGUCUCCUGCCGUCCAUGACUCUUUUAACUCUUUUUUUGGCCAUGCCCUGCGGCGGGUGGGAUCUUAGCUCCCUGACCAGGGAUCGAACCCACACCCCUUGCACUGGAAGCGCGGAGCCCUAACCACUGGACCGCCAGGGAAGUCCCCGCCCAUGACUCUAGGCCACGCUUGUUUCUGGCCAUGUCUCCCCCUCUCCCCCACACUUGGGAGGUGCACCACGAGGGCCGGGACCACACCUUCCUUCCUGGACCUCGCACAGUGCCCAGCAUAUAUCAGGUACUCCCGAUACGUGUUGUUUUAAAUGAGCCAAAUGAAUAAAUG